AUGGCUCCCCGAUCCCACCCCGCCCAGAAACGUGGCUCCUCGUCCAUGACAGAGGAUGCCACUCUGUUCACGUACUCGUACACAGUGGACGGCACUAGGGUGGCAACUCCCUCCACUCGCCGAAGAUUGACUGAUGCAGGGACGAUUGAUAGUGCGUCCGUGUACCUUGCGACCGUGGUGGUGGACGACAACCAGCCGGCAGCAGAAGAAGCACAAGCAGAAGAUCCCGAAAUGGACUGGACCGAGUUCGCAUCCCAGGAAUCCUUGAAUGCCGUGGAUGUGGAUGAUUACAGCAGUCAAGAGGAGGAUGACGAAGAGGAUCGUUCGCUGACGUACUGUACUCCCUAUCUUGCCUUGAAUAAUAAUAAUAAGAAGAAGCAGCAGCCAACACGACCUUCUUUGAACGGCUUGCGACCAUCGCUCCGGUACAAUGCGACAAAUAAUAAUAAUGAAGACUACUCGGAUACGGAAACAACGGCCCAAGAGGACUCCAGCUACGCAUCCAGCUUUGCUUCCAGCCGGGCUUCCUCUUUCUAUGACAGUUGCGGAAGCAUUGCGUCCUUUUUCACACGACGACCAAAGACCACAAAGACAAAGACAAAGAACAAGAAGAAGAUUGGAACCAAUCUGCGUUCCAUGUUUGGCUCGUCUUCCGCCUCCUCGUCGUCUUGUCGUCGUCGCCAACAAGAAAACAAGAGUCCAUCCAAACGCCAUGGAAAAGGAAAGGGGAGAAUUCUAGGCAAGCUCCUCUCGCGAUCCAAAAAGCAACAGCCCAACAACAACAACAGGGACAAGAAGCGCGACCCCCUAUUGAGGAACACUGCCAACACCCUCGUUAUUGAUGUUUGA